GUAAAUGUUAGCAGGUGUGCCAGACAUUUCUCAGUCUGGGACGGUUAUAAUGUUAUAAUAAAGAUUUACACAUAAGAUUGUUAUUCCACUUUCACAAAGACUAGUAGGGUUAUCAAGCCAUAACUAGAGACCCAUUCAUCUGAUUUUGGGUCGUCUGUUUGCUCCUGUCUCAUACUUGCUGCUGCUAUAUUCAGCCUGUAGACCAGCGGUAGCGGUAACCAUAGAAACUGUGCUCAGCUCUUCAUGCUAAAUCCAUUGUAUAGCAUUAUCAUUGAUGUGGUGGAAAAGAUACAGCAUUGAGCAAAAACCUUUCUUAGGAUGCUUUCCUAAAACAACAAGAAAAGAUUUUCCAUCAUGAAGACACAACACUUGUGUGAUGAUGCUGAGAUCAGAUCUCUCUCUCUUUUCUUUAUACAAACAUCUAACUUCUUUGUUACAGGACGGUUAGAAAUCUACAUUCAUGUUUCCUACAGACACUAAAAUCUCCUCAGUACUUUAAAGGUCACGUUCUUCCUGAUCCCGUUUGUCAAACUUUAGUAAGUGUGUAAUGUUGCUAUAACACCAUAAAUAAUACCUGUAAAAUGAUAAAGGUCAAAGUUCACUGCCAGGCGAUAUAUUUUCAUUUACAGAAUAGAGUGUAUUCUUUUAUAUUGCAUAUUAAAAUGUAUUUAAUACCUAAAUACAUUAAAAUUGAGUACUUUUACUUGAGUGUCUUUUGCCACUCAGUGGGCGUAACCGCAGUCACUUUCGCCGAAUGUGACAUCACAUGCAUACCCUCUAUUCCCCUUUUAAAGCCUAAAGGGAACGGCCGGUUUGGACUACAGCCCUCUAUUUCCUGCUUUAAUGACAAAACAGUUUUUGACUAAACUCGGCCCACGUGAAUACAUCAGUCGCCAGCUUUCGCUCAAACGGCUCUGCUAAGCUGAGCUGCUGUCCAAUCACAACACACUACCAGAACUCAUUAUAUAUUUCUGAAGGAGGAACUUCUUAAAACAAUGAAGACAUCAGACCGUUUUUAGGACAGUGAAAACGGCGCUAUACAGAUAAGUAAAAUGUGUGAAAAAUACCGUGUUUUUUUACACGUGAAACAUGAACACAUGUUAUAUUGCGCCCUGUAAACACAAUCAAAGCUUCAAGAACACAGAAAGAACAGGAGCUUUAAGUUGAAGUAUAAUCAUCACUGGAUUCUGUAAUAGAUUUACUUUUAUUUCUCAAUGAAUAUAUUUGAGACUCCACACAGAUGAUGUUUGCUCUGUGUGUUUGUGUUUGUGAAUCAAAAUUCUGCUUGACCUUUAGUAACACAACUGAUCAUCUCUAAUGUAGGUUUGGUACAUUUCAGUCCUGUUAAACUAACUUGUAAACAUCUACUGAUGGUCCAAAUAAACUACUAGUGAUGAACAUGAUGUUAAACUCUGUCUCUCUUCUUCAGUGAACAGAUGGAGGUCAGGUUUGUCCCCUGCUUAUCCUCGUGCUCGUGUAGUUGGAGUUUCUCCUCUCUGCACCUCCUCUAAACCUUCCACACCUGACUCCUGUACAGCAGGUGGUGUUAGACGCGCUCCUCUCAGUCAGGUGUCUCCAGAUGUCAGCGUGAUGUCUGAUGAUGAUUCUCUUAGUUUGAGUUAUAAACUGCAGGAUCUCACUGAUGUUCAGGUGAUGGCUCGACUGCAGGAGGAGACAGGAGAAUCUUCUUGAUUGUCAUAUAAUGAAUGAUAAGAAAGUAGACAACACUAAAGGUUUUCUGUCAAGCGUGCGGUGCUGUAAUGUCACUCGCCCAUCAACGGUCGUUCCUCUCAGGUCUGCGUCAAGAUUUCGCCACCACCUCAUCCUCGUCUUCUCACAAUCGUCGCAGUGCCAGCUUUUCCUUCCAGUUUGUCCAGCGAGGCGAGUCACACGAGGAAGAAGAGGAUGAUGAUGAAGAUUAUGAUCAGUUGCCCCCUCCACAGCCGCGUCUGAGUCGGGCCGGAUCUCUUCGGCACUCGCACACCUUCAGCAGCGUCAGGGACUGGAGCGGACCGCAGUACACCGCCAUCUCACCUUACCAACCUCAAUCUGCCUCAAACACGAGCGCCACGUCCUCCAGCGAGCAGACGGACCUCAGGAUCUCCUCAGAUAAGCUGAGGAGGAGUUUGCCAAAUCUCCUGAGAUCUCCGAGCGUCUCCAGCAUCUCAAUCCCUGUCAGUCAAAUAUCUUCAUCCAUCAGGAACAGUCAGAGCUUUGAUUCAUCUGUUGCACUGGGACGACUUCAGACCGCCAUGUCGUCUCCCGGGCAGCUGCGGCAUCGCGUUCAAAGCGUUGGAAACUUCUCAUCUCGUCCAUCUCUGAAGGCCACAGCUUACGUCAGCCCAACGGUCAAGGGUUCUUCAUCCAUGACAUCAUCGCUCAGUUUACAAUCUCUCUCCACCGCUGGGAGUCCACAGCCCAGUAAAGCGGGCGGCUCUCAGAUCCCAGCACGCAGUGCUCUGCCGCGGCCGGCGUCUUUCGUAUCGACCGCCUCGACCCCUCGCAGCAAACUCGCUACACCCGUACGCAGUUUGCUGACACCACCAAAGAGUCUGAUGACGCUGAGCGCUCUGCGUGAUGGGAGCUGGCGUGAUGGAUGUUACUAACCGGUCUGAGAGAGAUGUAGGUCAGGGUUUAACUAUUGAAGCAAUGAAGCGACGUGUAAACGGGACGGGUUAAGAAUUGCCCUGCUGGUUAGGGCUUCUCUCUUUCUCAGAUCAGAGUCAAAUAACCAGGAGUGACGUCCAUACAGUUAUUUAUCAGAGCUUCCUCUUUAUGUGAACAAUGAGUGUGAAUGAAGAUCUGUCAGAAAACCUUUGAGUGAUUUGGGCAUAAAAACGCCUUCAUGCUGCUGAAAUAAAACAACUUGAAAUGUUAUUUAAAUACAGUUUUUGUCAUUCAAAAGGUUUUAACCAAAUUUCAUCAGGUUUUUAACUCUUUACAGGUAAAUAACUCUUUAGAUGUGGAUUUGUUUAUACCUUUAAUUUAAUAAUAAUAAUAAUAACAACCCUUUUUAUAGACACACACUUAACAUUCACUCUUGUGUAUAUGGACCAAGUAUUGUGUUUUUAUUCCGCUGAACUUUAGAUUGUUGUAUUUAUUUAAUGUCUUGUAUGUUUUCUUUCUUGAAUAAUGGCCACAGAUGUAGCAGAUUACUUUAAGUUAUGUUUGUUAUUUUGUUUCUGGGUUUAUUUCCAUAUGUUAUAAAUGUGUACACGACAGGUUAUUUCUGUAAGUAAGAAUUUUCUUUCUCUUUGAUAUUUGAAUGAGUGUGUCAGUAUUUACAGUCAUAAUAAUGUUUUAUUUGUAUUGACAGUCUGUGUGUUUAAACACUUCAAUACUUUCUCAAUCUACUGGACUGUACUAGUGUCAACUACUAACCAAUACUAAUUAAUCCAUUAAUCUGCUGCUGGUUGACUUCUGUACUGUAUGUAUGACAUAUUUUUAUUGAUACACGGUGAUAUAAAGGAAAAGCCCCAGUGAAUCCUACACAUAUGAUGAAAUGUACAUUGCACUGCAAGUCACUUUAGACGAAAUCUUCUGCUAAAUGUAAAAAUGACUUUCUGUAUUUUAUAGUUUCUUAACAUUAUUCAAACCUUGUCUAGUUGGAUGAUCAAGACUGAAUUGUUUGAAUGCAUUUUUUUGCUGUGGUUUUGUUUAAUUAUUUAUUGUGAUGUAAUUUAUGAAUGUUUAGUGACGUUUAAUUAAAAGGUUUUCCUCUGGGAAUUAAUAAAGCCUCUCACCUCACAGCCUUUCUUUAUUUUCUUCCAAUUUGGGUUGACUUUAAAAACUAAAAAGCACUUAGUCACAAUCAAACGCAACCUCUUAAUACAUGAAAGAUAAUCGCAUAAAUACAUAAAAAAAAAUUACUUCCCAUACCGGGAGUCGAACCCGGGCCGCCUGGGUGAAAACCAGGAAUCCUAACCGCUAGACCAUAUGGGAGGUGUCGAGUGCCGUUACAGCUGUUCGGUAAUUAUUAAUGACAUCAUCAAGUACGAUCAUUCU